AAGUCAAAUGUCAUUUUGAUAAAUAUCCACAAUAUUCUCGAUUUUCGACUUUAUUCCGAGCCUACAACAAACUCUCAUCGUGAAUCUGCUAGUUCUACGUGACAUUUAGAACGUACACCAUGGCUGGUUCCAACCCCUACAGUAACCUCGUACGUACGGUGGAAAUCCACGGCAAGACAUACAAAUAUUACGACUUGGCCUCCUUCGGUGAUAAAUACAACCGCCUCCCAUACAGCAUUAGAGUGCUGCUGGAGUCAUGUGUCCGCAACUGCGACAACUUCCAAGUGUUAGAGAAGGAUGUCAACAACGUGCUAGAGUGGGAGAAAAACCAGGCCGUGGAAGGGGGAGUAGAAAUCGCUUUCAAACCCGCCAGGGUGAUAUUGCAGGAUCUAACAGGGGUGCCAGCGGUAGUAGAUUUCGCGGCCAUGCGCGCCGCUGUGCGCGAGCUCGGUGGCAACCCUGACAAGAUCAACCCCAUCUGCCCCGCAGACUUAGUCAUCGACCAUUCAGUGCAGGUCGACUUCGCUAGGACACCUGAUGCUUUGAACAAGAACCAGGAAUUGGAAUUCGAAAGAAACAAGGAAAGAUUCCAGUUUUUAAAGUGGGGUGCGCAAGCUUUUGACAACAUGUUGAUCGUGCCACCAGGAUCUGGCAUCGUCCACCAGGUGAAUUUGGAAUACUUGGCCCGCGUGGUAUUCUCCAAAGAUAUGCUGCACCCAGACUCCGUCGUCGGCACCGACAGUCACACAACUAUGAUUAACGGACUUGGUGUUGUCGGCUGGGGUGUUGGAGGUAUUGAAGCAGAGGCAGUAAUGCUGGGCCAGGCCAUCAGUAUGUUGCUGCCGAAAGUGGUCGGGUACCGCCUCAUCGGGGAACUGAACCCACUGACCACCUCCACUGACCUUGUGCUUACCAUCACCAAGCACCUCCGCUCUCUCGGCGUAGUCGGCAAAUUCGUGGAAUUCUUCGGCCCCGGCGUGUCCGCCCUCAGCAUCGCGGACCGCGCAACCGUAGCCAACAUGUGUCCCGAGUUCGGCGCCACCGUGGCGCACUUCCCGGUUGACGCUAGGUCACUACAGUACCUAGCGCAGACAAACCGCACUCAAGAGAAGAUCGACAUCAUAGAGGCGUAUCUGCGAGCCACCAACCAGUUCAGGGACUACAACGACCCCUCACAGGACCCCAUCUUCUCUGAGAUAGUCGAGCUGGACCUGUCCACCGUAGUGACAUCAGUUAGCGGCCCCAAGCGGCCGCAGGACCGCGUCUCCGUCUCCAACAUGAAGAAGGAUUUCCAGGAGUGCCUGAGCAACAAGGUUGGCUUCAAAGGCUACGGCCUCAGCCCGGCGCAGCUGGACACGUCAGCCAGCUUCACGUACAGCGACGGAGCCACGUACACGAUCCGACACGGAUCCGUCAUCAUAGCGGCCAUCACAUCCUGCACCAACACGUCCAACCCGAGCGUCAUGCUGGGCGCAGGUAUGCUCGCGAAGAAAGCUGUGGAGAAUGGCCUGAGCGUAUUGCCUUACAUCAAGACUUCCCUGUCCCCUGGCUCUGGAGUAGUCACGUAUUAUCUCAAGGAAUCUGGAGUGGUCCCGUACCUAGAAAAGUUAGGUUUUGACAUCGUCGGCUACGGUUGUAUGACCUGUAUCGGCAACUCUGGACCCAUCGAUGAUAACAUCGCCAACACAAUUGAGAAGAACGAGCUGGUGUGCUGCGGCGUCCUCUCCGGCAACCGCAACUUCGAAGGCCGCAUCCAUCCCAACACGCGCGCCAACUAUCUCGCCUCUCCCCUAUUGGUCAUCGCCUACGCUUUGGCGGGAACUGUCGAUAUCGACUUUGAAACUCAACCACUGGGUAAACGCGCCGAUGGUAGCUCGGUGUUCCUGCGCGACAUCUGGCCCACCAGAGCCGAGAUCCAGGAGGUGGAAAACAAGCACGUCAUCCCCAACAUGUUCAAAGAGGUGUAUGAGAAGAUCGAGCUGGGCUCGCCUUCCUGGCAGGCCCUGGACGUGCCGAAGGGCAAGCUAUACGGCUGGGACCCCAACUCGACUUACAUCAAGAGACCCCCUUUCUUCGACGGGAUGACCAAGGAGCUGGGCACCAUUAGUGACAUUGAGAACGCCCGCUGCCUGCUGCUGCUCGGUGACUCGGUCACCACCGACCACAUCUCGCCCGCCGGAGCUAUUGCGCGGAACUCCCCCGCGGCGCGCUACCUCGCUGGCCGAGGGCUAACCCCCCGCGAGUUCAACUCAUAUGGUUCUCGCCGAGGCAACGACGCCAUCAUGUCGCGCGGAACGUUCGCGAACAUUCGGAUCGUGAACAAGAUGGCGCCCGCGCCCGGACCCAGGACCACUCACCACCCCAGCGGGGACCUCAUGGACAUCUUCGACGCGGCUGACAGAUACGCGCAAGAGAAGGUGCCCCUGAUCGCCAUCGUGGGCAAGGACUACGGCUCGGGCUCCAGCCGCGACUGGGCCGCCAAGGGACCCUACCUAUUGGGCAUCAAAGCGGUGAUCGGCGAGUCGUUCGAGCGCAUCCACCGCUCCAACCUGGUGGGCAUGGGCAUCAUGCCGCUGCAGUUCCUGCCCGGGGACUCCGCCGACAGCCUCGGCCUCACGGGGGCGGAGCGCUACAGCCUGAAGGUGCCGAAAGACCUCUCACCGGGACAGCACAUUACUGUGCAGGUGGACAACGGCAAGUCGUUCCAAGUGAUCGCGCGCUUCGACACGGAGGUGGACCUCACAUACUUCCGCAACGGAGGCAUCCUCAACUACAUGAUUAGGAAGAUGCUGUAGGCACAUUGCAUAUGUCGCAGUAGCAUGGUUUUGUUGCCUAAAUAGCUACAUAUUACAUAUGUCGCAGUAGUAUGUUUUUUUAUAGGAGGGGGUUGAUGAUUCCGAACUGCUUUAACCAUAGAUUCCGGUAUACGUAUUCGGUGGUUAAAAUGAAGACCUUAUUUGGUUAAAAAUAAAAGGAAAUCGUGUUGAUACCUUGUUGUUGUCGUGUUAUUUACAAAUUCCAAGAUUAAGACUAAGAUCUGGAGAGAAGAUUGAAUGUAAACGAUUUAUUUGUGUAAAACCUAUAAAUUUUCAUUUAAGGUGCUUUAGGAAAACAUCGAGCGGGGUAAUUUUGAAAAUCGCUAAAAUAUACUAAACUAGAACUGGCGUGGCUCACUCCGCGAUUUCGUGGCUUUACUACAGGUAGCUAAAAGUACAUUCGUUCCACACCAAUUUUGGUGGCUAGCCAUAAGCCGCGCGUGGCGCUGUCGCCACCUAGCGGCCAUAUGUGUCCUGAUCGUAACAGACGCGUUUUGUUAGAGAGUGAGUCUUCUGUACCUAGUACUAUUAUUUAUUCUGUGACUAGAAGCACUAUAUACUGUAGCAACAUACACAAGAUGCCUUGAUAAGCUUUGCGGUAACAUUAGUGUUACCUAUAGGUUGUAUACCACCUGUCCAAUUUCUUUAUCCAAUGUCAGUGCGUCUCACUCUCUCAUUAAAGCAAAAUGUGAGACGCAAUACACAUUGGACAAAUAAAUUGGAUAGGAGGAAUACCACCCUAACUAUGGAAUGCCUCUAGUUUAGUAGGUGGGGGGAGGCAGAAAAAAUGGUACCAUUUACUUUUUUUUUAAACCAUUCACUUUUGGCUUAUUCAAACUCAGAAUCACGAGUACUAUUGAAUAAGACGACAAAAAAGUGUCCCCAGUUUUUCAUACUUUUGAGUGUUAGUUUUGUAACGGUCCAUAUAAAAUGUAUGUGAAAAUGCGUUACAAAACUCAUUUUUUUAUGACUUUUUUUAUUCGAUAGUCAUCGUGAUUCUGAGUAGUAAUAACCCAAAAGUGGAUGGAUUUUCGAAAACAAGUAAAUGGUAUACUUUUAAGUGAAAAUGCCGAGAUAUCAGCGAUUUUCAAACUUUCGCAUUUGAUUGUGUUUAUAACAAGAAUCCAUUCAAUUGCGAAUUUCUCAAUAUACUUCCAAAAGCCACAUUUUUGCUUGUUUGUAAUCCAUCAUUAACAAUUAUAACACAAGAUUCUGCUGUUUUAUAUGAUUUUCAAACAUUGAAAUAUUUUUCUUCAUUCGUAUCUAAUUGUAUAGAGGCAAAUUUCAUCACUUUCAAGACUUAUUUAGUUUUUUUUUUUACUUUGAUUUUUAUUUGUUGCUAUACAAAACGUUAUUGUUAUUUUAUUUACUGCCACUAAGUAUAUUUUUAUCGUCACUGUGUAAACGGUGUAGUGUUUAUAUUUUCAUGCAAUUGUUUUAUACUCCGGCACACUCAUUUUGUCAAUAGGAAAAUAUGGCAAAUUUAAAAAUUAUAGGCGCGAGGCGUCUCACAGAAAAUUUGAAUUUCGCGCCUUUUUCUAUUGAGAAACUGGGUGUGCCAGAGUAUAAUUAGUAUGUAGCAAUAAAAUGGUUUGUGUAAAUCUUAAAAUCAUGGGCUUAAGGCUGGUUUUUAUAUUUUUUACUUUAAUAAUAGUUACUACUGGUAAGUCAAAUAUUUUGUAUUUUAAUGGAAUAAACAGUUAUUUUAUUAA